AUGCCUAAAGCGCUCGGCACCUGUAUCCAACCUGACAACGAAGAAAAUUUCCGGGGCCAGUUCCACUGCCAGCUCUGUCCUGAGAAGAUCCUACUGACAGAGAAGCAGUUGGAGGUUCACCUGCAAAGCACCGCUCACAAGCGGAAGGAGCGCCACUUUGAAAGGGCCAAGGCCAUGGGCCUUGAAGCCUACGAGGCUGAGUGCCGCGAGAGAGCGGCUGCCAGAGAGUCGCAGGCCGCAGCCCAGCUGGCGGGUGCUCUGUCCAAGAAGAAGCAGAAGAAUGCCGACUUCUGGAAACAACGAAAGCUGCGGAAGAAGGCCAAAUCUGGUGCCUGCGUGGAAGGAGGCGAACAGACGCCGAAUCAGCCUCCCGAGACCGCAAAGCGCAGGAGGAAGCCAAAAUCGGAUUAG